AUGAAAGUGACAAGCGUUGUCGAGCUUCCAGUAAAUUUCAGUGAUGAAACCGAAUACGUGAACGGGCUGCUUCAAUUUAUAAACACGUAUGCAUGGCUAUGGAGGCCUAGGAAUGGUGCAAACUUUGUAGUCCAACAAUUCUGGGAACGACAUUUCUCGAAGGACUGGAGGGUGUUGGAUGAUGGCGAUCUGGCUGUGGAGUUGAAGGAUUUGGUAGCUAUGGCUAAUGGGACUUAUUUUAAGGACGAGUGGCCUGAAUCGUUGAAAGCCUUUGUACGAGGGACAUUUCAUUUGGCUCUACCAAGACAACCUCGUGAUCUACCAACUCCUACUGUAAAGCUAAAGCACGGAACGACCAACAUGAAGGACAAGAAACGGUCCGAGAUUGAGAUUCUUGGAUCAAUUAUCCAUGACCUAGCUUCUAAACAUGAUAUUCACCAUGUACUGGAUGCUGGAAGUGGACAAGGGUAUCUGGAUUUGCUUCUAGCUCAUAAGUUUGGAUACGAUGUGGUAGCUGUAGAUGAUAAUCCUAUACAGCAUGAAGGAGCGCUACGACGGAAUGAGAAUUCUGCCUCGACGAGUAAUAAUACGACGUCAGGUAGUCUGACGUUUGUAAACCAUCGCAUAACGGCAAAGGACACCAUGUCAGAUAUAAUACCUGCAGAAUCACAAAACGAGCAGCCGUUAUUGCUAUGUGGGUUACACGCAUGUGGUGAUCUGUCACCACAGCUAAUACGUCUCUUUGCUGCAUCAAAGGAAUCUAAAGCACUUGGUCUGGUUGGGUGCUGUUAUAAUCUGCUCACAGAGCCAGAAUCUAAUGAACAUGUAGCAUCUUGUGGAUUCCCAUUAUCUAGCAUUCUUAUACAACAGAGCUUUCAACUCGGAUACGAUACACGGAAUCUCGCAUGCCAAGCAACAGCACGUUGGAAUGAGGAAACAGAAUUUAAUUUCCCUCGUUUGUUUUAUCGAGCACUACUACAAGCGGUGCUAGUAGAUUUCAAACUUGUCGAGAAUGGCGAUGAGGUCGUUAUAGGUCGUUUUCGGAAGAAAGUCACCUCGCAGGGGUUUGUAGUAUAUGCUAGAGCGGCAUUGAAUCGUUUGAAAAUAGAUGAUUCUCGCGUAUCUGAUGCUGUGCUGGAGGAGUAUGUGGAGAGGUAUAAGAGGGACGCAAAACAGUUUGCGAUUGUGUGGACGUUGAGAGCAAUGAUGGCCGGAGUUUUAGAGUCCUUGAUAUUGAUGGAUCGGUUUAUGUUUGUGUCUGAGGAGGCUAGACGGGUGUGUACAGGGUUGGAGGAAAUUCAUGUUGAGAUGUAUCCGAUCUUUGAUGUGGUUGAUUCACCUAGAAAUAUGAUCAUCACAGCUUGCAAGGGAAACCCCCUUUAUAGAAACCUCAUGUAA